AUGGAAUGCGUCGUGUGCAAGAAGUCUGCGACACUGCAAUGCGGUGGUUGCAAGAACUGUCUGAGGUAUUCGAACAAUCCUCCAGUUGCGCGGUAUUGCGGAAUCGAAUGCCAAACAGUGGAUUGGACCAAGCACAAGUCUCUGUGGUAUCUGGCAAGAGAGCGGUCGUGGUAUUACUAUGAUAUCCAGAGUGUGGAUCGCAAACCUGUCGAGCCCGAGUACUUCAUGAUGUUGGAGGGAAGUAGAACCAUCGAGACCACUCUAAACAUGUAUGGCCGCAAUCUCAUCGAAGAUGGUACCUUCAAUCAAGAUUCUCCGGUUGCGAUCCCAUUCACCGCAGCCCUCUUGCAAUCGAAGGAAGAAGAGGAGGCAGCCUUGAGCUUUGUUGGAGGAAUUCAGGCUGCUGCGUGGAUGGUGGAAUUCAUACAGGGCAUGCUUAGCAGUGUUGUAAAAAGAAACACUGCAGUGCAGCAUCGGACCAAAGGAGAGAAGCGCCGUACGAGGUUCAGUCAUGGACGCCCAGAAGACGCCUUUAUAACUAAUAUUCCUAUGGCGUUUGAUAGGAGGAAGCCAGUCCAUACUGUGUUGAAAGUCGUGCUGAGAUCUGGCGAAGUUUUUGCAAUCGACCUAGCUGGUGCACAGCAUGGACACCAUGAACCUGUUGUUCCAUGGGAGAAGUACAAGGAAGAGCGAAUAUUGAAUAUUCGUUCCAUUGAUCCAGCCGCAGCUCCCAAAGGUCUGCUUCAGGUGCAAGAUUACUCGAUUGCAAAGAUUGCCUCCGCCCAUAAUCGACAUCAUUCGAGCCAUGUAGGCAAAAUGAUAACCGACGACUUGAUGGAACAGAUGAAUUUGACUCUGCUGAAGUGGCAGAAGGACAAUGUUGGACUCAAGACUGUAUGGACUUUGCCCCCGGAUGAUUAUGCAGUCAAACAACAGGCGAUUGUUGAUCAGAUGCACUGGGAUUUAACUUACACUACUGAUGCCGACUCACAAGCAACUAGACGCGGAUUAGAGCUGAGGCUAAAUUCGGGGAAUUGA